AUGUCGACGUCUUCAGCCGCGCCCGAGUCUUGGAUCACGAGCUUUUGCUCCCUGCUCGGGCACGAAUAUUUCGCAGAGGUGUCUGAGGACUUCAUCGAAGAUGACUUCAACUUGACUGGCUUACAGACGCAAGUGGACAUGUACAAGGAGGCUUUAGAGAUGAUUCUCGAUGUUGAACCCGAAGAAGACGACGAAGAUCUCGACGAAGAUGAGGAAGACUACGACAACGAAUCCACCAUGGAGCAUGGCUCUCGAUAUGGCAACGAGAGAAGACAUCACGCCAGAAUUGCUAGCGACCUCACUGUCAUCGAAUCCUCUGCCGAGCUGCUGUACGGUCUCAUUCACCAGCGAUUUAUCUGCUCACGGGUCGGCAUACAACAAAUGAGUGAAAAGUACGAGCUCGGACAUUUUGGCUCCUGCCCUCGCACGCAUUGUGAACAAUCGCGCACUCUCCCUGUUGGUCUGUCUGAUAUCCCUGGCGAGGACACAGUCAAGCUCUUCUGCCCCGCCUGUCUGGACGUUUAUGUUCCUCCCAACAGCCGCUUCCAAACCGUCGAUGGAGCUUUCUUUGGCCGCACUUUUGGCGCCCUUUUCCUCAUGACUUUUCCAGAAUAUGACUUGACGCGACGUGGCUCAGAAGCGUUGAGCUCGAUCAACACUCGCCUUUCAGCUGCCGAGGGAGGAGAGAUCGUCAACGGCAUGUAUGCCAAGAACAUUGCCCCUGGUCUUGGUCCCGGCCGUAUUUAUGAGCCCAAGAUCUACGGCUUCAAGGUAUCGGAGCGGGCUCGCACAGGUCCGCGCAUGCGCUGGCUAAGAGAACGGCCUGCCGAUGUAACCGAAUUGGACGAGGCUCGGCUGUACCGGGAAUCGCACCCAGACUCGGACGACGACGAGGACAACUUCACUACCCGCGCUCCUGUGCGUAGACGACCACCAGGCAACGAGCGUCUCCGUCAAAGGCAGAAUCAGAACCAGAACGGUAGCCCCAUGGCAAUGUCAACCAAUGGCGCUGAAUCUGAGCUGUAG